GUCUCAGUCCACGUGCUUUAUUGAUACAGCCCGAAAUGUAAUCCCCCAGGCCAGGCUGCUUCCCAGCCGGGGAUCAAGCCAGGAGAGCAGCAGAGCAGUUUCAGGACAGGCCGCUUCCCAGCUGGGAAUUGAGCCGGGAGAGCAGCGGAACAGAAAGUCACCUACUUCUGUUGUUCCUAAUGAUAAUAGCCUUAUGAAGAAGAGGUCCUGUAGUGUCUUGCAGUUUUCCAUUCUGGCUGAGACAGAAGAAAUCAAGACCAUUUUGAAGGACAAGGGAAUUGAUGUGGAGACCAUUGCUGAGGUAUACCCUAUCAGAGUACAACCAGCCCGUAUUCUUAGCCACGUUUAUUCCAGCCUAGGAUGCAACAGUAGAAUGAAACUUAGUGGACGACCCUAUAGGCACAUGGGAGUCCUUGGAACUUCAAAACUCUAUGACAUUCGGAAAACUAUCUUUACCUUCACUCCACAGUUUAUAGACCAGCAACAGUUCUACCUGGCUCUGGACAACAAGAUGAUAGUAGAGAUGCUUAGAACAGACCUCUCCUACCUCUGUAGCCGCUGGAGGAUGACAGGCCAGCCCACCAUCACCUUCCCCAUCUCACACACCAUGCUUGAUGAAGAUGGAAUCAGCUUGAAUUCAAGUAUCCUAGCAGCACUCCGAAAAAUGCAGGAUGGCUAUUUUGGUGGAGCAAGGAUUCAAACAGGUAAAUUGUCAGAGUUUUUGACAACAUCUUGCUGCACACAUUUGAGCUUCAUGGAUCCUGGACCUGAGGGUAAGCUGUACAGUGAAGAUUAUGACGAUAACUAUAAUGAGCUGGAACCUGGUGACUGGAUGAAUGGCUACGGUUCAACUAAUAAUGCUCGCUGUGGUGAUGAAGUUGCUCACUAUUUAGAUCACCUUUUGGCGCACACUGCUCCCCAUCCUAAACUAGCUCUCACCUCACAGAAGGGAGGGCUAGAUCGGCUCCGAGCUGCUGUGCAAACAACCUGCGAUUUAAUGUCCUUGGUGACCAAGGCCAAGGAGCUGCAUGUACAGAAUGUUCACAUGUAUCUUCCUACAAAGAUAUUUCAGGCUUCCCGGCCUUCAUUGAGCUUACUUGACUCUCCUCAUUGCCCACGAGAGGACCAGGUUCCCUCUGUUCGUGUAGAAAUACACCUUCCUAGAGACCAAUCUGGGGAGGUGGACUUCAAAGCACUCGUUUUACAGUUGAAGGAAACCUCCAGCUUACAGGAGCAAGCUGACAUCCUUUGCAUGCUGUAUACUAUGAAAGGACCUGACUGGGACACUGGAUUAUAUGAUGAAGGGAGUGCAACAGUCCGAGAGCUGCUUACUGAACUGUAUGGCAAAGUUGGAGAAAUUCGUCACUGGGGCCUGAUCCGGUACAUCUCUGGAAUCUUAAGGAAGAAAGUGGAAGCACUCGAUGAGGCCUGCACGGACCUUCUCUCCCACCAGAAACAUUUGACAGUGGGACUCCCUCCAGAACCUCGAGAGAAGACCAUCUCUGCACCUCUGCCCUAUGAAGUGCUUACUCAACUGAUAGAUGAAGCCAGUGAAGGGGACAUGAGCAUUUCCAUCCUUACACAGGAAAUAAUGGUAUAUCUAGCCAUGUAUAUGCGAACUCAGCCUGGGCUCUUUGCCGAAAUGUUUCGACUUCGAAUUGGUCUAAUCAUACAAGUUAUGGCAACAGAACUGGCGCACUCACUUCGAUGCUCAGCUGAGGAAGCCACAGACAGCCUGAUGAAUCUCAGUCCUUCAGCCAUGAAGAACCUCCUGCAUCACAUUCUCAGUGGCAAGGAGUUCGGAGUGGAACGAAGUGUUCGUCCCACUGAUUCAAAUGUCAGCCCUGCUAUUUCUAUCCACGAGAUUGGUGCUGUUGGGGCAACCAAAACAGAACGAACUGGGAUAAUGCAGUUAAAAAGUGAGAUAAAGCAGGUGGAAUUUCGUAGACUAUCUAUCUCAACUGAGAGUCAGUCCAAUGGUGGUCAUCCCUUGGGUAUAGAUUUGACAUCACCGUCUUUUCUGUCACCUGGAACACCAGUGACUCCAGGUAGUGGGUCCUUUCCUAGAGGUCAACAGACAUCCAAAGAUAAUCGUCAAGGUCAGUGGCAACGCCGAAGAAGGCUAGAUGGAGCACUGAACAGAGUCCCAAUUGGAUUUUAUCAAAAAGUAUGGAAAGUUUUGCAGAAGUGUCAUGGACUCUCUGUAGAAGGUUUUGUUCUUCCUUCUUCAACCACUAGAGAGAUGACUCCAGGCGAGAUUAAAUUCUCUGUUCAUGUGGAGUCUGUCUUGAACCGUGUACCUCAACCAGAGUACCGCCAGCUUCUGGUCGAAGCCAUCCUUGUCCUCACCAUGAUGGCAGAUAUUGAAAUUCAUAGUAUUGGAAGCAUCAUUGCUGUGGAAAAGAUAGUGCAUAUUGCUAAUGACUUGUUCCUUCAAGAACAGAAAACCCUCGGGGCAGAUGAUACCAUGUUGGCCAAGGAUCCUGCAUCUGGCAUCUGUACUCUUCUGUAUGACAGUGCACCCAGUGGCAGGUUUGGCACCAUGACCUACCUCUCCAAGGCGGCUGCCACCUACGUACAGGAGUUCCUGCCUCACAGCAUCUGUGCCAUGCAGUGAGGCCUCUGGGCCCUGGCUGCGGGAAGCCUUUUGACAGCUGGUUCCUGCCUCGGUUGAUCAUGCAUGAGACUGAAAUGUGUUGGUCUGAUCACUCCUACCCUGCCCUUUUCCAUCCCAUCCCAUCCCAACCAAGAAGAAUGAACUUUUCUGAUCCACUAACUACUUUAGAAGUGAACCUCUGCCUGGAGGAAUAUGCCCACCCAGGCACUUUCUUGUAGGCCUUAAUUCUUUCAUGGUUCAUGGAAGUUUGCAUGUGUUUUUAUCCUCCAGAUUCGUUACAAAUUUAGUUUCCUAACUACUGUUUGGAGAGCAGUUAUUAAUAAUAACUUAUGCCUGAAGUUUGGAAAUUUUUCUUAUGUGUAAUUUCAUUGUAUGAAUGAGUGGUGGGUGCUUUGGGACAUUAUUUCAACUGGGAAAUCCUAAAGUGUUGGAUUUUAUACUGCCACAAAUUGGAAAUAUCUAUUCUAAGUGACUUGUCUUGGGAAAGGAGAGUACCAGAUCAUGGUUUUCUUCUUUACUCACACGUUGCCUCACACUGAGUGACGAAUGCCUUUCUGUAUAAAAUUAUUGUCCCUGCUCUUGCCUUCUCUGUGUCUGCAUAUAUAAUUUCUAUUCUCCCUUUGGUGAAAUCUCAAAAAAAAAAAAAUACAAGUGUCUGUAUUUAAGAAUUCCUGUAUUAGCAAUUGAAAUCACAUUUUCUGAAGAUGGCUGAUGCUCAGAGAUGUGUCUGUAGCAGAAAAUGCAGAAUAACCCAGGAGCUAGGAGCCCAAUUUCAAAAAGGAAGGGAGAAGAGAAGAUGCCUGUAAUAGUAUCUUACACUAGGGAACAGAGAGGGAAUCAGAGGUAAGCUAGUUCCCCAAAGAGAGCCUUGUGCACCAACUUUUGCCUCUGAAGAGUAGGCCAACAUACAAUACGCAGAAUAAUUGAAGUCUUUGUCUUUGGCAAACAGGAAUCCAGCAGUCAAGUCUAUAGCCUUCCCAAGCAGUCCUCCCUUGGUGGUCCUUACCUGUCUGUCUAACUCGCCUACUCACUUUCUACAGCAUCCAACUCCCACCUGCCACCAACUCCCUGCCUUCCCAUCAGUUCUUAAACUCUUUCACUUACAUUUUCACUCCCUGAUUCUAGUGUUCAUAUCUCUGUGUAUUUUGAUAUCUGUGGGCAUACAUCUAUUUCUUGUAAAUAACUACAGUUGUGUGUGUGUCUCAGCAUACACAGGAAUUUUUCUGAAUGUUACUAGUUUCGAUGUGUCUGUAUAUCUAUCUGUAUCUAAAUUUGGCAGACUAUGUAAAUAUAUGGAUGGUGGUGACUGUGGCCCCAGGCUGACACACCAAGAGUAUGAAGGAAUCCAUAAGUCCUUUUCCGUAGUCCCAUGCUUAGGUAGCCUCGUUUGAAGAAUGUUUCUCCUACCUUUCUUAGUUCAGGCUGCUGUAACAAAAUAAUGUAGACUGGGCGGCUUAAAUAACAAACAUUUAUUUCUUACGUUUCUGGAGGCCGAGAUACCCAAGAUCAGGAUGCCCACAGACUCAAUGUCUGGUGAGGCCCCUCUUCCUGGUUUGCAGAUGGCCGCCUUCUUGCUGUGUCCUCACAUGGCAGAGAAAGGGGGAAGGAGGGUGGGUACUAUAGUCUCUUCUUUUUCUUCAUAAGGGCACCAGUUUUGUCAUGGGAACUCUUCCCUAUGACUUCGUCUCAACCUGAUUACCUUCCAAAGGCCCCCACCUCCAAAUCCCAUCACCUUGGGGAUUUUAGUAUACCUGCUGCUAAAGCGAGCACAUCAUCACCUUGGGGAUUAAGGCUGAAUUCCCAAUGUGAAUUUUGGAGGGAUACAAACAUUCAGUCCAUAGCACUUUCAUUCUCCUUGUUUAUGUAUAAAGACUCUACUAAUUUACCUGUUUGCACUCAGGUAACUUCCUACUUUGGUCUUUUCCUUUCUCUCAGAUUUUUCUGACUUUUCUCCAAGAAUGGGGCUGGAGCUGGAAAGCUCUCUGAACAGUUCUUACAGAACCAAUGACAGUCUUUUGAGUGCAUAAGUAAGCGAGCAUACUAAGUAGGGUGAUAGACAACAGACAGUGGAAAUGAGAGAAGAUAGCCAACCUUUUUAGUAGGUCUCUCAGAGCAAAUAGAAACACACAGUAAGUAGCUUUUUGAUUAUGUGACUUUUCUGGUCACUUUAUGAAGAUAACUUAUGACCUGUUCUCAUACCGUUUGUCUUUUCACUGGCCGCGUACCCCAGCCACAGGAAGUACAUCCGGAGCGGUGUAAGUGAAAACCGCCGCUCUCCCCAUGCUAAUUUGCCUGAACUGACACUGACUGCUUUCAUACUCUAGGCUUACUAAAUUGCCUAUCACUGUGCUCUCCAUCCAGUGCUGUUUCACAUUUAAAGCAACUUUUUA